AUGAAUUUCGUUUUACACUCAAUCCCAAACUAUUCGACCGACUCCCAAGAGUACACCGGGGGAAAUCACAGGGCUCUCGCCGAUGCCGUCGACUACGUCUUUGGCCUACCACCGCCGAUCGAUCAAGAGAAUACCGGUUCGAUGUCUUUCAUGGACCUUCUAGGAAUGUCCAACUGGCCAUAUGGUACCACUUCCAUGGGAACGACUGUCCCGUGCGGACCUAGCAUGCCCAUCGUGAACCCAGUCGCAGGACCAGAAACCAGAGCGUUGUGUACCGCAGAGGUGAACGUACCUCCACCGUCACCGCCCACGCCCUUUCGCGUGCACCAAGCUCGCUAUGUCCACCCUAGCGCCCGGGGAAGGGCACGCUUUGGCCGUGCAACUAAUGUCGACCGCGAUAUGGUGUCAUUCAGCAUCAACGGUGCGUCUCAGGACGGAGUACUUCUUAAAAUGGCUUCAAUGAGCUUCAUCGGGACCGCUAUGAGCCUGGUCGAGGCGGACGAACUCGUUCUGCUAGAUGCUGGUAUCGGUGUAAACAUCACCUUGCAUGUGCUGUGGCCCGGCCAAAAAACUUGGAAACGUCUUCUGCGGACGAAGACUUGGACCAACCCACCCAGAGCAAUCUCUCGCGCAGAGCUUGCAAAGCGUCUCGCGAAGCUCCUCAUUUCGUUCACCGAGGUAUGGAACACCACUGCACUGACGCAGAACCCGUCUGAGGUUGAUUCACUGGGGUUCUCUUUAGGAUGUCCGGCACCAGGCAGUCUGAGUCCUGACCAGAUUUUCCUCGAGAAGUUCUAUCCUGUGACGAAGGGAGGGUGGCAGGUCGAUCUUUCCUACAAGCCAGUCAGCUAA